GUGGCUGAGGUAGAGCGCCACCUUAGUGCCACCCCGUCUACCAACCACAUCCCAAACCCAAAUCAACACUCAUCAGUCAGAGAUCCAUUAGGAUCCACGAUCAUUGGUAGGACCAUUGGAGAGCUCCUCAGACAGAAUGGAUUACUUUCUACUGCUGCUUACUUCCUUGCUCAUAUGCAACCACUUUCACCCGUGGAGAGGAGCGGACGCACAGUCCAGUUUCACCAUAAGAGACAUCAGCAUAUCUCUUGAGCCCAGUUCUGAUGUGGCGCGGGGAACCAAUGUGACCGUGAGAUGCCAGGCACUGGUCAGCAUCUCAGGCACAGAGCCGCUGAGUCGUGAGUACAAAAUCUACAAGGACGGCAUCACGGUGUACACAAAGAACAUGGGCAGCUCAGACGACCUCCUGUACCGACUGCCUGACGCCAGAGUAUCCAACACGGGCAAGUACAAGUGUCAGAUCAACAUUGAUGGCCGGGGGAUGACAAGCGAAAGCAAGAAACUCAAAGUGACAGGUUUGUCAGCACCACAGUUCCAUUUUAACAAGGGUGUGGUCAGUGAGGGGGAGGAGCUAACUGCCAAAUGCACUGCACCGGGUGAGACGGGCUCCAUUAUUUUCUACUUCUAUGACAACUCCAAGGAGAUCCGGGAGGAGCGGGUCAACUCCAACAUGUCAGAGGUCAAACUUCACUUCAACAGCGUUGGCAUCCACAAGCUGUACUGUUCCUACACCAUCCCCGUGACGCCGGACUCCUUUCAGUCCGACAAAAGUCAACCACUCACACUUACCGUCAAAGAGCUUUUGAUCACGCCGGUUUUGGAGAUUUUCCCGAACAACAACAUCUACGAAGGAGACAGACUUGACAUCUUGUGCACUAUCAGAAACCUUGUGUACAACUCCGGGAAUGUCCACCUCUACCUGAGCCGAGGGACCCAGCUUCUCAGCAGGGGGGACACCAACGUUAACCACAGCAUGAUCGCACUGGCCAAGGACUCUGAGGAAUUUGAGUGCAGACUGGAAAUGGGGAAGGUCGUCAAAGUAGACACAAAAAAGGUUCCGGUGAUUGAGCUCUUCUCAGUGCCCACUCUGACGAUGUCUCCCAAAGAAGUCUUUCACAAGGAAAACAUGACAUUGACCUGUAAAAGUAGCAGCUAUGCUUCAGAGAGGCUCCACAGGGACCAGUUGACCUACAGUUUAGAUCCGCCAGGAAGCCUUCUGAUACCAAAGAUCACUGGAGUCUUUUUUGUCAAGGCUUUGCUCUAUGAGUUCAACUACACCUGCAUAGCUCAAGCAAAGGGCAUCCGCAAAUACAGUAAACCGUUGACGGUCCGUCCUAAAGUAACUGUCUCCACUCCAAGGAUAUCAGUGGUAGGCAGGGCUGUGCUGGGAAGACCUUUCAAGGUCCUCUGCCAGUCAGACGCCGGCAGCCUGCCCAUAAACUACACCCUGUUUAAGGAGUACGAGGAACUGAGCAAAGCGAGCGUCAAACGUCCCUUUGAACAAGCGCUCUUCACCGUCACCAUCGACAGGCCGGAAGAUAUCAACAAAUUCAUGUGUGAGGCCAAGAACAGUCCUCUCAGCAGCUCAGAAAUCCCUCUCAGCAAAAGACUGGAUGCAACUGUUGUUGUGCCUCUGUCACAUCCCACCCUCACCGUCAUCCCCGUUCUGCCAGAAAUUGCUGAAGGAGAUCACGUCUUCAUGAUAUGUAGCGUUAAAGGCACCCCGCCCGUCACAUUUAAGUGGUACUAUGACGGCAAAGACAAGCCGAUCUUCACCACCACCUCGGACAAAAACAACACGGACUAUCAGAUCCCAGCGCUGUCCAAAGAGCACAGUGGUACCUACUACUGUGAGGCCAUCAAUCACGCCAACAAUGUGGUCCGGAGCGCACCGAUAAUUAUAGAGGUGCGUCUGGCAUCGUGGAAGAAAGCGCUGAUCAUUGGCUUCAGCCUGCUGGUGGUGACGGUGCUGGUGGUGGUGUGUGUGCUGUGCUUCAGGGCCAAGAGAGGCAAAAGGGAGGCAGCUGCUGAAUUGUCAGUAAAGCCUUCGAGCCCUAAAUCCGAUGAUUCUUUAACAGUGAGUCUAACCCGCGACACCGAGGUUUAUAACGAAGCCCCAGGUAAGGUGGAGCGAGUGGACAUCAGUGUGUGGAGUGAGCGGCCCCCCCAGGCAGCACACGAGGAGGAGAGCAGCAUGGUGUCCAACGAGCCGGACGUGGAAUACACGGAGGUGGUACAUCCUCAGCAGGCGGACAACGCCAGAGCAGCAGCAGCAGUUCCGCUGCGGAAAGGCACUGAAACAGUUUACAGCGAACUCCAGAAGUCUGCACUCGGCGCUGCUGAGCAUCAUGAUUAUGGUUGCGUGGAGUAUGCUGAUCUCAAUGGCGAACACGCAAAUAUGAAUCAUCGCCAAUCAGGAAUCAACAACUGCCAGGAUCUGCCAGUUCCAGUUGAUUAGGAGAUACGGCUUCAUCACACGCCGUUCUGUUUCCACUCCCACUUGCACUCACAAAUCAUGCACACACUCCUGUAGAAGCACUACUUUUCAUUCAGUAACAUGAUUUUCAUUUUCAAUAAAAGCAUGUGUCACAUUUU